UUUGAACCGCACAAUGAAAUUGGAUAUUGUAUUUCGAGACUAACCUUGGCACAAGUUUUGUAAAGCGUCAUACAGACGUCUGUUUCGAGCUACUAAACGUUUUCCUAUCAAACGUCAUCUAAAAAGUUCGAGAAGUUACUGUUAAAUAUCUGAAUAUAGAGCCCUGAAAAAUAUCCGUGUUCGACUAUAUGGAUCUUUUUGAGGAGAAAGUUCGUCUACAUGAAUCUACAAGCGAAGUUGGUGGGCUCAUAAUAACUAAGUCGAAAGAAAAUUUCAAACAACCUCAAAAGUCCUUAUUUGGACUUGAUAAGUUGGCGGCAAAAAAGCGACAGGAAUCCCAGGAUCUUAAUCUACAGUUUAACAAGCGCGAUGUUACAAAUAAAGAAAGGUUUUAUAGGGAAAGGCGCGUUGAAACCCCUUCCAAUCGUGGGGGUGUUAGCAAAGAAUAUUUCGAUUCUCAGGCAAGAAGGCGUGAACGUGACCAGAAAGAACGCUUAAAAACCGGUCUUGUAUCAACAUCCAGAAAAAUUAGUGAAAACUACUCAGAAUCUCGAAAAUCAUCAGACUAUUCUCGCAUUGAAUCAACCAGAGAAAAAGAAUCUCUCAGCACUCGACAUCGGAGAGAAGCAGAAUGGGAAGAUGAAACACCUAGUCACAGCAGUCGGGAAAAUAGAAGUACUUCUGGAGUAAGUAGCAACCGGUUUGAAACUCCUGAAAUAUAUAAUGUUGGGGGACGGUCUCCAGGACAUUCUAGCUGGGAUGAUUCUGCCUUAGGAUCUAGUCGAUCUACUACCCCUCGCACUACUGGAUCACUAGCUCGUAAUUCCAAUAAUGAUCGAUAUACAUAUACUCCUAUGCCUACUCCAAGUUUUAAGCAUAACUCAUGGAUGCAAUCGAAUAAAAAUAACACAGGGCAUUCGGGUCGCCACACUCAUGGCCAGUCUCAUCCACAACUUUCCAGUGAAAACGAUGGCGAUAGUGUGAAACCUGAUUCUACUGAGAUAGAGGAAGAUAGUGAUGAUAUUAAGGCUGAAAAUGAACGCUUAGAUCGUAAUUGGUAUCAAAUGGAUGAUGGUUAUGAUAAUGAUAACCAUCCGUUUUCUGACAUUCCUGAAGAGUAUGCUGCUAAAAAGGAACGUCAAUUAGCAGAACGUAAAAAACGACAUAAACAACGUUUAACUGCAAAAGCCGUCCAAGUUCAUAAAGAUAAUCAAGCAUGGGAACACAAUCGCAUGUUAAGAUCUGGAGUUGUUCAACGAGUAGAUUUUGAACAGGAUGAAGAUUUUGAUGAAGAAGGUGAAGCUAGAGUUCAUUUGUUAGUUCGUAAUAUACUUCCACCAUUUUUGGAUGGACGAAUUGUUUUCACUCGUCAACCUGAACCUAUUAUUCCUGUCAAGGACCCAGAGAGUAUAAUGGCCAAAGUUGCUCAGAAAGGUAGUGCCAUAGUGAAAUAUUUUCGAGAACAAAAAGAACGUAGAAGAGCACAAAAGAAAGAAUGGCAAUUGGCUGGCACACGUAUAGGGGAAGUUAUGGGUAUAAAAGCUCCGGAAGAACAAGACAAUUGGACAGAAAAAUCACAUCGUGAUGCACAGACAUUUGCCGACAAAGUAGGAGAUAUGAAAUCUGAAGCGGUUAGCGAGUUCGCUACACGAAAAACUAUUGUAGAACAACGACAAUACUUACCAGUAUUUUCUGUAAGGACAUCCUUACUGAGAAUGAUUAAAGAACAUCAAAUUGUAGUGAUUGUUGGAGAGACUGGAAGUGGUAAAACUACUCAAUUAACUCAAUAUUUACAUGAAGAUGGUUUUACAACCUAUGGUAUGGUUGGUUGUACUCAACCACGCCGUGUUGCUGCUAUGUCUGUUGCUCGGCGAGUUGCUGAAGAAAUGAAUGUACGUUUAGGUGAAGAAGUUGGUUAUGCUAUAAGAUUCGAAGAUUGUACUUCUCCUUCCACUCUAAUUAAAUAUAUGACUGAUGGAAUUCUAUUACGUGAGUCACUACGUGAAUCUGAUCUUGAUCCAUACUCUGCAAUUAUCAUGGAUGAAGCACAUGAAAGAUCUUUAAAUACUGAUGUGUUAUUUGGAUUGUUGCGUGAAGUUGUUAGUAGGCGUAAUGAUUUACGUCUAUUAAUCACUUCUGCUACAAUGGAUGCAGAAAGAUUUGCUCAGUUUUUCGGUGAUUGUCCUAUUUUUCGAAUACCUGGUCGAACAUUUCCUGUUGAUAAAGAAUUUAGUAAAACAACAGUAAUGGAUUAUGUAGAUGCAUCUGUGAAACAAGCAAUUCAAGUUCAUUUAGGCUCACCAACAGAUGGUGAUAUACUCAUUUUUAUGCCUGGUCAAGAGGAUAUUGAAGUGACAUGUGAACUAAUUGCUGAACGUUUGAGUAACUUGGAAGAAGCUCCUCCACUAUCCAUCCUCCCUAUCUAUUCUCAGUUGCCAAGUGAUCUUCAAGCAAAAAUAUUUAUGAAGGCUGAAAAUGGUGUCCGAAAAUGUGUCGUGGCAACAAAUAUUGCUGAAACCUCAUUAACUGUUGAUGGGAUACGUUAUGUAAUUGAUUGUGGUUAUUGUAAAUUGAAAGUUUUCAACCCUAAAAUCGGUAUGGAUGCAUUACAAAUAUUUCCAAUUAGUCAAGCUAAUGCUAAUCAACGUGCUGGUCGUGCUGGUAGAACUGGUCCAGGAGUAUGUUACCGUUUAUACACUAUAAGUCAGUAUCAAGAUGAAAUGCUAAUCACAUCUGUUCCAGAAAUUCAGAGAACUAAUCUGGCUAAUGUUGUUCUCUUAUUAAAAUCUUUGGGUGUUCAAGAUUUAAUGCGAUUUCAUUUCAUGGAUGCUCCUCCACAGGAUAACAUAUUGAAUUCAAUGUAUCAACUAUGGAUUUUCGGUGCUCUUGAUAAUACUGGCAGUUUAACAAAUUUAGGUCGUCAAAUGGUUGAAUUUCCAUUGGAUCCAGCUUUGUCUAAAUUAUUGAUUAUUUCCUGUGAUAUGAAUUGUUCUGAAGAGAUUCUAACCAUUGUAUCGAUGCUCUCUGUUCCGAGUGUAUUCUACAGACCAAAAGGUCGUGAAGAAGAAUCAGAUAAUGCAAGAGAGAAGUUUCAAGUUCCAGAAUCUGAUCAUUUAACACUGUUGAACGUUUUCACUCAAUGGCGUAAAUCAGGUUAUUCAUCAGCAUUUUGUGCAAAACACUUUUUACACUUAAAAGCCAUGCGUAAAAUUCGUGAAGUUCGACAACAAAUGAAAGAAAUCAUGGAACAACACAACAUGAAUUUACAAUCUAUCGGCAGUGAUUGGGAUGUUGUACGUGAAUGUUUAUGCGCUACUUUCUUCCAUCAAGCUGCUCGUAUCAAGGGUUUAGGUGAAUAUGUGAAUUUACGAACUGGUAUGCCUUGUCAUCUACAUCCAACUAGUGCUCUCUAUGGAAUGGGUUACACUCCGGACUAUGUUAUUUAUCAUGAAUUAAUUAUGACAACAAAAGAAUAUAUGCAAUGUGUUACAUCUGUCGAUGGUAAUUGGUUAGCUAAAGUUGGUCCUAUGUUUUACAGUGUUAAAGAUCCUAACCUUACUCGAUUGGAAAGAAAGCGACAAGCUGAAGAACAGCUCGUAGAAAUGGAAAAUGAAAUGCGUCUGGCUGAAGAACAACUUUCUCGUCGACGUGAGGAACUUUCAGCAUCUAUUGGUUCAAGCCGUUUGCGACCAAUAGUUACACCUGGUAUGCGAACUCCUGGUACUCCUUUAGUAUCUAAACGUCCUGGCAGUAGACUUGGUUUAUAGUUUUAUCUGUUGUACAAUUAUUAAUUAAUGUACAUAUAUUAUUUUUGUAAAAUAUUUUCAAAUACAAAUGAAAAAUUCAUCUUUCAAAUAUAUUCAUCUUAUUACAGUUUGUCUUUUUCUUUACUCGAUUAUUAUUAUUAUUAUUCACAUUUUAAUCUAUAUAUAUAUAUGGUACUUGGUUAUAUAGUUGAUCUAAUUGUUCCAUAGUUACACGUAAAUAACCCUUCAUCAAAUAAUUCUAUCAUUCAAUCUAAUACUGUAGUGAACAAGAACACUGAUGGGACAAUCCAAUGUGUAUAAACACAAAUUACAGACUAUCUCACUAAAUUCUGAUAACCAUACAGUAACCAGUUAAUUUGCAAAAUAACAAUCAAUUGUCUCAAUCUUCACUGUUCCUUAUGUAAAUAUCAGUUCAUCUUCUCUAACUCCAUUGUUCAUGCAUUUUCCCACCAAUUGAACUUCAUUUCAGCUCUUUCCUUAUCGGUCUUCUGUCAAAAUACAUUUAAUGUCUGACCAUCGCCAUAUACUACUUAUAUGAAUAUAAGUAGACCACGCUACAAUACAACUUCGAUAUCAUACAUAUCUUGUGACAUUUUCUUAAUUCAGGCAUAUACUUUGUAUUGUUAUUUAUUUCAUUUUAUACUUGUCAACUAGAAAAUCAAAUUAACAAGAUGGGAUAUAGUUUGUUGAAAAUUAGAAAUAUAGAGGUAUGGCAACUUGGACCGAUGCAUAUAUGUGCCUGGUCCUACGUUGUAGCUGACUGACUGAGAAAUAUAGAUCUGUUAACAGAAACAACUAGUUCAAUGCUUAAUAUGAAAAUGAUGUCAUAUUUGUAAUAUCCAAAUUCUAUAGUGAAAUUACUCAUUGGGAUAUCACAAUUAUAUCAUCAUUUUACUGUUAACAUUCUACUUAAUUCGUUUGAAAUUUUGGUAUUAAUACCUAAAGGUUUGUCUAGAAUCUUAAAGGUAGACAAACAACUGCUUCUCAACAUUUUAUGAUUUCUGGGGAAUGAUUUUGUUUUUGCUGGUAUCGUAUUCUUUAGGCCAGGUUAUUUUAGUUAGGGAGCGUUGAAUGUUUUCUUGGACAACAUCAUCAGUGCUUGCAUGAAGUAGGCCAUGAUAAUGAACACAAAUCCACCAAAAACAACCUCCUGAGCUGUAUAUUUUCUCUGUCAUUUCUCUUUAUUUAUAUUCAGCGUUGUUUUGUUGGUUGUAUACACGAUUGUUCUAUACAAUGGUCUAAUAAGCUUAUGAAAUAGGUAGAUACAUCAUGUUUUUGUUGUUUGGUUGAUUGUCUCGAGUGACGUAAGAAUCACACAAUAUAAUAAUAUCCAAUAAUUAUAGUGUAGUGAUGUUUUCUAAUUUUGACUUCUGUAUGUAGAUCUUAAUUGAAUAAGACCACUCGUAUAUGAUAUAAUAGAUGUGAUUCGUGUUAAUGGACGCAGAUUAAUUGGUUGGAUCCCUCACGAUCAGUGGUUAAAGAUGUUGGUUGUUAUAACUGAAAAUUGGUUAUCACAGUGUUAAAUAUCCAUCUACUCUUUGUCUUCCCUUAGACUUUGAGUUUCUUCAUUCCUUUACAAAUAAUAUUUAGUCUUUCUCAUUUCCAAUGAUACUAUUAUUAUUUUGACUCUUGUUCUUCUUCUUCUCGUACUGAUGUGAUAUAGAAUCUUGGGCUAACGACAUUUGUGCCUGUCUCUGCGUUGAUUAUGACUGAUUGAAUAAAUGUGAUGAGGCCAGUGAUUAUAUUGUAUUUUAAAAUUAAUCUGAUAAACACAAUAGGUUAGUUAGCCAGAUUAGGUUUCAAAGUGUUACUACAAUUUAUAAUUGCAUGCGAAACUGCCAAAAAGUGUUUUCAUUAAUUGGGUAAACACUUAUAUUUCCCCAUCGAUAUUCAGUAUAUCUUCCCUAUAUUCCAAUCACUUUGAGUUGUAAGGAUAUGUUAAAUGCUGCUACGUUUUUACAAUUUCCGUACUGACUGAAUUAAUUCUGAUCAUGAAAAUAACCAUAUGAUGAUUAGUAGGCGUUCUAAAUAUAUGUAUUAGUUCACUUUAAUAUUAGGCGUUUAACCUAGUCACGUUAUGCACUAAUAACUAAAAAUGACUACAGAGGUAAAGAAACUGGUGAAUUUAAAUGUAAAUACUGUCCGUUAUUUUAAAAGUAGUUUGUAUUAAGCUGUUUAUCGUAUUAAUUUAUUCUGUCAUUGGUCUUCGAAUUCUUGGUUCCUUUGAAGUUUUUUCCUCUUCAGUUUACUAGUGAAUAUUAACAACGUACUUAUUUUGUGUGGUAUUGCUUGAUCCUAGACCACACGUAACAGAUCUUCCGAAUUUUUUCAUCUUUAUUCGUCAUACUGUUUAGUUGUGACCUCUUGUUUUAUGGAUAUACUAAGUAUUAAUUUCGGUAAACGUAUAAUAUACUAACAACCUUGAGGGAUUUAUGAGGCAAUCAGGAAACGCUGCCUAGAUACAAAACAGAUAGCAGCAAAAAGAAACACUAUAACAGUGGAGUAAUAGCUUUGAUUUCAAUAAUCAACCCUCGUAUGUCGAAUUAUUCUUUGUAGUAAAUGAAAAAGGUUAAGUUUUACAUACUAGGAAUCGGGCUAGUGUUAUAAUUCAAGGCCACACCCCAUAGAGUUUUUAUCACCAAUUGACACUGGCGAUAAUCCAAAAAGAUCAGGAUAAGGUAUUAAGAGUUAAGCUGGAGUUCUGAGAUGGGUUUACAAAUUAAGGUUUUCAUCAUAAAAUUGUAUCUGCUAUGAUCCAAUGCUUUGUCAACCUUUUGCUUAUACACUUGAGAAACUUAGUGUUGGGAUUUAGACUGAGAGUAAAUAAAGGAAAUUAUUACCCAGCUUCACCAAACACUCUUGAUUGCUCAAUGAAUGACGUUAAUUAUUUUGACACACAAUCUUCCUCAGGAGUAGGUAUGUCAUAUAAUUGAGCUUAAACACCACCUAAAAUUCGAUUUAUCUUUGGGUAAUGGAUAUUUUUACUGACUUAAACAUUUCAAAAACCAAGUAUUGUCAAUUUUCGCUUGGUUAGUAAUGACAUACACGUUAUUUAUCACCGCACUUUAAACUUUGCGCAAAAUAAUUGAGAUGUCAUCUUAAUCUAGUUUGGUGAACUCAAGGCCUUGCAGUAUAUUAUACUUAUACCAUUAUUUCUUUUCUUUCAUACCAGCUGACUGCUCUGUAGGUUUUGUUUCAUAGUGAUCAACUGCUGAAUAGUCAAAAUAUACUUUUCGUCCUGUUUGGAAUUUGUCAACUGGGUACGUUAACAUCCUUAGCGGGUGUUGUCUCAACUGAACUUUAGAAAUAGUGCCAAUCUUUUUAAACAACAAAGUGAUAUUCAUUAAUUUAGUGAGUUAGAACAAACGCCAUUUUUUUAACCGUUAUCGGUCGUAUGUUUUAAGAACUCAUGUUUCAUCCAGUUAAAUAUCUUGUUGUAGUGUUUUAAGAGCAAGAAUAUUAAAACUGGUCAAUUGAUUGACCAUAUUAUAGACCAUUUUACUAUAACUAGCUUAUUAUUAAAUGAAUAGGAUUGUCAAUUAUGUAGCAUAUAUUGAGAUAUUCCUAAACGUACUCAUAAGGAGUUGUAUUGUAUAAAUACUUCAACAUAUUUUGAGAGAUCUCUCCCCUCUGAUUUCAUAUCAUAUUUGUUACUUUUUUUCACAAAUACUGUUUUGAUUUAGUCGAGUGAACAGGAUCCUGAACAAGUUGAAGAAGCUUUGGGUAUUUUAAAAGAUGACAAAGAAUUUGAGGAAUUUGAAAAAGAAAAUUGGUUAACAUCAGAGGAAGAGAUUUCAGAUCUGCAAGUGUGGGAUGAUAAAUGGGAUUGUGAAGUUGAGAUAGAUGACCAGUUUACUCAGUAUUUAAGGUGAGUGUUGAUGUAACUAAUUUUUCUUUGUUUCAUUAUUUCGAAGGUUAUUAUUCAUCUGAAGAUUCCUGUGGACCUAAAUUUUAUUACUUUUCGCUUAUUAGUGUAUCUACUUUUCUAGUGAUUUGUUUUUAGACUGUUCAUUGAAUUUUGUUGCACAUAUGAUGGCAACUUUACUGACUGUUGGUAUAUAAGGUCAAAUGUUAUGCGAAUGUCUCUCUUAGAUAUGGCUUCGGUUGGAGGAAAAUGUAUGUACAAUGAUUAAAAUUCGGAAAUACAUCUGGGAACUUCUGAAUAUUUCAUUCCGUAGUACAGAAAAAAUAGCGAUUAAACCUCGAGUUUGUUCGUUGAACUGAUUGUAAUAGGGUAGAAAUGAAGUGUGAUAAUACGUCAUGCCGUCAAAAAUACUUGAAUACCUCUUUGCUGAUUCUAUUUGCUCAAACUUUCUAAAAACACUGGAUGACCUGGUGAAGUAUAGUUAGCAAUUGCAUCAUCUUUUGCAAUCUUUACUAUUACUAGUACAGAUUGAAUUCUGUUAGCUGCCGUCCCGAUGGAGAUUUCAGUCCGAGCACUAUCUUCAUCAAACUGUCAAUUACGAAACCAAUGUAUUAACUGGCAAUUCAAACAUAGAUUGAACUCCUAACUUUCCUUUGAAUUGAUCAUUGUCAUUGAUGAUUAAGACUUAAGUAAGGCCACGCACUCAACAAAUUUUUCACCUACUUACGUUUUUAUAAAUCACAUAUAAGAAAAAUGGACUAUUUCUUGUUUAAGCAAUAGAAAUGUGCACUCUCCUAGUCCAUAACGUUUAUGGAUUCCACAUGGAUUGUGUACAUUAAGUUAUGACAUACAUGAUUCAAGUUUCUUAAUUUCAAGGCGAUUAAAAUUGUUCUUUUUAUUUUCAGACAGGAAUUGACCAAACUUGGCCACUUACAUGAAACUAACUAAAUUCACUGUUAAACAUUACAAAUAAAUCAUCAUCAC